AUGACAAAUAAAAAAGAAAUGACCAUUUUGACGUUUACUUUAAAAAUUCUUACCAUUUGUGGAUGUUGGCCACCGUAUUCAUGGACGUCGCGGUACAAACGUAUCAUGUAUGAUGUAUACACGAUUUUCAUAGUUUUGUUAAUAAAUACAUUUACAUUAUCGCAACUGAUGGAUUUAAUUCUGAUUGUGGACAAUGCUGACGACUUCUCCGAGAAUUUCUAUGUGAUGCUUGCCAUGUUUGUAUCAUGCUGUAAGAUGAUCAGUUUAUUGACAAAUCGAAACAAUAUUGGGAUGCUGAUUGAUACUCUGAUGAAAAAACCAUGUAGGCCUACUGAACAUGAUGAAAUAGAAAUUCGACAGAAAUUUGACAAGAUCGUGCAGUAA